AAUUCUUAAAAUUAAUAGUUAUUAAAUUGUAUUAGUUUUUGUCCAAUUUAUUACUUUAAAAUAAUUUAAAUAAUAUAACAUAAUAUUCAACACGGAUUUUCAAAUCAAUAUAGAAGAAAUUCUCAUACUUUCUUAGUAUAAUUUAUCCGUGAUUGUUAACAAUCAAAAUAUGAAUAUAUCGUUUUCUGGAUGUGGAUUUUUAGGCAUAUAUCACAUAGGGGUGGCAUCGUGUUUAAAAACUUACGCGCCGUACCUUUUGGAAAAUAAAAUUUGUGGCUCGUCCGCAGGUGCCAUUUCUGCGUGCUGUCUGCUUUGUGACAUACCUCUUGAAUUGAUGACAAGUCAAAUGUUAGAUAUUGUAAAAGAAUCAAGAUCAAAAGCAUUAGGCCCAUUUAGCCCAUCUAUGAACAUAACAGAACAUUUAUACAAUCGUCUAAAUAAGGAUUUACCUAAUGAUGCGCACAAACGAGUGAGUGGUAAAUUAUUUGUAUCGCUAACAAGAGUGCCAGAUGGAAAAAAUGUCAUUAUAUCUCAAUUUUCUAGCAAAGAAGAAGUAAUUCAAGUAUUAUUAGCUAGUGCUUUUAUUCCAGUAUUUUCUGGAUUUGUGCCACCUUUAGUUGGUAAAUAUAGGUAUAUUGACGGUGGAUUUACUGACAAUCUACCUAUACUUGAUAAGAACACUAUAACUAUUUCACCAUUUAGUGGUCUUACUGAUAUUUGUCCUCGUGACAAUCCGAUUCAAAAGUAUUUAUUAAAGAUAUCAAAUAAUAGUUUUGAAGUGACUAAAACAAAUUGUUUCCGAGUAGCUAGAAUAAUGUUUCCACCAGAACCAGAGAUGCUUGCUAAAUUAUGUUAUCAAGGUUUUGAUGACGCUUUAAUAUUUUUACAAAAAUAUAAUCUAAUUAACUGUAAAAUGUGUUUAAUUCGACGAAACUCUUUUAUAUUAUCCAAGAAAAAUAUUUAUGAGAUGGCUGGCUACAACCCCUUAUGUAUUGAUUGCAAAUGGAAUAAUGCUUUUUCUAAAGUACAAGGAAUGCCUUAUUUCAUCACAUAUACUUUAGACAGAUACAUUGACUCACAUAAUAACAUUUUGAAUGAAUUCUUAAAAUCUAAAAAAAUGCUAUUAGCAAAAUUAUUCACCCUACCUUACAUGGUUAUAUCAGAUUUAGCUUGGGGAUCUGUAUUUAAGGUUAUGCGUUAUUUUAGACAUUUUCAGAAGUCUAUGUGGACAUUAUCUAAGUAUGCUACAAAUAUUUUAUUGCAUUUUUUUGAUAUUUUUAGUGUACAAGGUUUAGAGUUUGUUAACAAAAUAUUAUUCUACAGUUGUGUGUCAAUCGAAACUAACAGAAAAGAUUCACCCUAUUAUUAUUAUUACAAUAAAAAGUUUGAAUAUUCAAGGUGUAUAAGAUGUUCAAAAUAUUGCCUACAAUUUUUUAUUGAUUACAGUCUAACAGCUUCAUCUAUAACUAUAGAUUCUAGUGGUUAUACAUCAAUUGAACUCUUUAAACACAAAUGCCAUGAACAUGAAAUUAAAUCUAUAAGUUUUGAAAAAUAUACUAAUACAUGUUGGAGUCUUUCUGUAACCCCAAAAAUUGAAUUAAAAACAUCAAGUUUGAGUAAAAGUCAUACAGUUCUAUUGAUAUAUAAACAAACAGUUUGGAAUCGUAUUGCAACUAUAAUAGAUAGAAUUAAUAAACACGUGCAUUUUUAAUAACUAUAUUCACGAUGUAUUACAUAUUACUGAAGAGCCUACAUACAUUUUAUUAGUUGGUUAAAUUUAUUGCAUUCAAAAUAUUAUUUUUAUUUAUACUUAAAUUUUUUCAUUGAUUAAAUAUACUUAGUACUAAGUACGUUUACUUAGUGUAUAUUUAAUCAAUACCUUUUAAAAAUGCUAAAUC